AGACAUUGAUUAAAAACUAAAGUGAGCUAAGAGCUUUUCUUCAAUUUCUCCGUGAAGAUUUUCCGAUGGAAAUUUCAACGUUAAUGAAUCUUCUGAUAUCGAAAUCAAAACAAGCUCUGCUUUUAUGGCUCGAGGGUUUCCGAGAAGCCUGUUGUCUCCACAGAGUCGUCGUUCUCUGUCACAGGUCGAGGAAGCUGACGGUUCGAACGGGGCAGUGUUUUCUCUUGAAUGGGUUUAUCUUCUUGGGAAGUAUAUUUGUCCUGUACUCUGUUGUAACCCCUACAUUGCUGUGGAUAUUACCUGAUAAUUGCUCGAAGUUUAGUUCUCAAGAACUUUGCUCUCAUGGUGGUAUUAUAAAGCUUUAUUCAUUCUUACGUCUUGCACUCAUACAACUCCUUUAUGUAUUUUGGUUUUACCCACUGUACGUUUUCAGCAUUAUUCUUAGUACUAUGUGGUACAAUGACAUCGCUAAGUAUGGGUUUGCUGCAAUGGGAAGAUCAAUGCAGACUGUACCAGAACCAUCAAGACAAAAAGAGACCUCACAAAAUGCAGACCAGAAAGAUAGAUCAAUUGACCUUGGAGGUAUCAUGAUUGGUAUAGGUGAACAAGUGUACUCAGUGCUUCUUUUAAGCUUCUUCUUUUUGGAGGUUUAUGCAACGGGAUUUAUACCCUACAUUGGAAAGGCAAUUAAUUUCCUACUUCUAGCUUGGCUGUAUGCCUAUUACUGUUUUGAGUACAAGUGGAACUUUUCUGAAGUGGGUCUGGACAAAAGGCUUGACUUUUUUGAAUCAAACUGGGCAUUUUUUGCUGGUUUUGGAAGCCCUUGUGUUCUUGCUAUUUUCUUUUUCUCACCUCUUGUGAGCUAUGGAGUCAUGGCCAUACUCUUUCCAUUGUUUGUUCUUACUGCAACAGGCUCUAGGGCAGAGGAUUAUAUUUCCUUAAGAAGAAGAGAAUGGAAAGGUGCCGGAUUGGGGAGGCUUCCAAUAUUUUAUGCUGCAGAUACUUUGUCGCUGAGAAUCUUGUCGUUCUUCCACUUCCACCUUGAAUGUGGUAAACUGAAGCAAGAAGGCACACUCUCUAAAAAGCUGUCUUGAUGGUUACCUAAUUUAUGCAAUGUUCAAAUCAAAUGCUCAAUCCACCAAGUCACUUCUAUUCAACAGGAGGAUAGCAAUGGGUGUAUUAUAAUAAUCUCUGAUCUCUGAUGCUCCAAGAGUUAGUGCUGAAAGUUCAUGUAAGCUAAGCAAAAUUGUGAAAAAAGAUAAACCAUAACCUGUGGCACUGUAUAGUAUUUGUACAUAAUACAAUCCUGAGCAAUUGCAAAGUGUUAAUAUCCCAAAAUUUAACUCUCA